AUGAACAAAGCAUUCGAACCUGCAGCCAUUGAGCCGCCAGUGACAGACCUGUUUAUCAGUCUAGACCACCUUAACCCUGCACAUGAACUACGCGCCGAUCACUUCCCAGACACUCUUACAUCAUUGUAUUUACAUGGAAGCUUCAAUCAACCUCUAAAUAAUAUAUUGCCUGUUGGAUUGAAGCAUUUGAUGCUCUAUGGCGAAUGGAAUCAACCAAUCAAUUGGAAUGCCUUCCCGCCAGCACUUGAAACAAUCAAGCUUGGAGACCAAUACAGACAACCUCUUGGAAUCCUUCCAAACACUGUCAGGUAUCUGUCACUUGGGUCGAACUAUGAUCAUUUGAUCAGUGGUCCAUCAUUACAUCGACUCGAUGUCUCAAGUCCUACACCUCGCUUCGACAUUGCUGUGCCAUUCACUCAUCUCAGGUCAUUGAACACGGAACCACUUCUCUCAGACAUGAUCGCCAACAUCACGUCUCAGAUGUUCCCAGCGUUGGUCGAACUAUCCAUUCAACAAGUCGCUGAUCUGCCACCUAUUCUCAAUCUCAUGAAGUUGCCAGUCACUCUGCGGUCUCUGGCCAUACCGAUACAAGGUCGCUGUCUCAUGCCCGAUGGUUUGGAGGAGGCUAACUUGACAUUCUCACCAAUCAACGUGUUUGGACAACUCAAGCUGAAUGGAUUGCUGCCACCAACAGUGACCAAACUCACACUGAACACUUGCUCUCACUCAUUGCGCUCCGGUGAUAUUCCAGCAUCUGUAACAUCACUCAAACUAUGGGACUAUCCUCAUCAUUUGGACUUUGACAUCCUGCCCAACCCCGGGCGAUUGCACACUCUUGACCUGUCGUUCAAUCAAUCAGUGUUGAAUGACUUCUCAGUGAGAUCAUGGAGUCUAAAGCAUCUGCCCAAAUCAGUUAACAAACUACGUCUGGCCAGUGGAAGACAAUCAUUCAAUCUACAUCGUAUAUCUGGCAGGAUGUUCCUUCAUGUAUCCGAUGACCUACAACGUUCUGGCUUUAUAAAGAUGAAUACGGCGCUCUCAAUGUUUGAGCCCAAAGAUGACAAAGAUGGUAUAUCAUCAGAAGGCAAGAAGAAGUCAUCCCCCUCGGGCACGACCAAGACAUCAUCACGCUGUCUACUCAUGUAG